UUCAUCGAACUCCGUCGUCGUCUAUAAAUAUCAAAGUAAUCUCAGAUAUUUUACAUGCAGUCAAUACGUAAAAUUUUGCGAAGCAACCAUGUCAUAUCUAACAGAAGCUAGACUGAACAGGAACUUAUUUAGGAAAGCAAAGAACAAAUUGCUUUGUUUGCUGGAAAAUGGCCCAAAGGCUAUUGCAUGAGACCAGUCGUUGGCCGGAUCAAUUGAUCUGGUCGUCAAGUAUAAUUUAUUAGAGGAGUACAGUGUUGUGAAAAUGUAUCCGCUGUACGGUGGGACUUUGACAAUACCACCUAACAUUGCUAAUGUCAUAUUUAUCUCGAGACCACAAUUGGAGCUUAUGGACCUGAUUGCUGAGAAUGUUCACGGAGAAGAAGGCAAAAGACCGAAUAAAGAAUUUCACUUGUUCUUUGUGCCACACAAGAGUCUACUUUGUCAAAAGAAACUCUAGAAUGAUUGAACAUUUAAGUGUGAUCUCUUUCCGUUUGAUAAUGAUCUGCUCUCAAUGGAACUCAGCGGAUCCUUUAAGGAAUUUCAUUUGGAAAAUGAUCCCACUUGUCUCUAUCAAGUUGCACAAGCUAUACAAGGCUUACAAAAGUUAUAUGGUAAAAUCUCAAAAGUCACAGGAAGAGGACCAGCUGCCAGUAAAGUUUGGGAAUUGCUGGAGAGACUAAAUAGAGAAGAGGAAGAUAAUAAAUCACAUCCUGCAUCGUCUGUAGCCAUUGAACAUUUAUUAUUGUUGGAUCGGUCUGUAGAUUUACUCUCACCUUUAGUCACACAAUUGACUUAUGAAGGCUUAAUUGAUGAAAUAUAUGGAAUAAAAUACAAUACUGUGCAAUUACCUGCAAGAAAAUUUCACGACUCUGAUGACUCUCCCACAGCAAUGUCUCUGAAUGAAAAGAAACAAAUUAUAUUAAAUUCAGGAGAAAAACUUUUUGCUGAGAUUAGAGAUAAAAAUGUUAACGGCGUUGGACCAGUUCUUAGUAAGAAAGCUAAAGUGAUUUCAUCUCAAUUUGACGAAAGAUAUGGAGAUAAGAGUGUGCAAGAAAUUAAGCAGUUUGUUGCACGAUUACCACACAUGCUAGCAACAAAACAAUCUUUAGCAAGGCAUACCACAAUCGCUGAGAUGAUAAAAGAAGUCACCGACUCGAGCAACUUUCUAGAAUCAUUGCAAGUCGAACAAGAAAAGUCGAAAGAAUUGUUAAACUGUAUCGACACAGACAAACCGAACACAUAUAUCGAAGAUAUGAUAGCACAACAGCAACCGUUACUGAAAAUUUUACGUCUGCUUUGCAUAAAGUUGUUGACAAACUCUGGCUUAAAACCAAAACUGUUAGAUUACUAUAAAUGAGAAAUAAUUCACACUUAUUGAUUCCAACAUUUAUCAACUAUAUUAAAUCUGGAAAAGGCUGGUUUAUUAAAACAGCAACAGUCAGUACGACAAUAUGCAGUAUUAAGGAAAGCAUUAAAGCUCACUGUCGAAGAUGAGAGUGAAGUAACACCGAAAGAUAUUAGUUACAUACAUUCCAUGUACGCACCAUUGAGCGUGAGAUUUGCGGAGUAACUAGUACAACCAAAUGGUUAGCAAGAAUUGGUGGAAUCAUUACCAGGUCCUAUAAGCAAUAUCUCAUACAAUGUACUUUCGUCAACGAGACGAAAUUCUAUUUCUAGCAAUUCUGGUUCGGGAUCACCGAAAUUAAUUCUGGUCUUUUUCAUUGGAGGAUGCACUUUCGCCGAGUUAUCUUCUCUUCAACAACAGAAAGAGCUAAAUGUCGAGUUCGUGAGAACUACGAGAUUAAUCAAUGGCAACACGGUUCUUACUUCUCUAAUGAAGUUAGAACGGACAUGA